UGGCGUCACGACGCUGCGCUGGCCUGGCCCCGUAGUGCCGCUGUCCCGUCGAGCCAGCAGCGCUAGGUUUCCCCCCGGGUUCCCUCGCUACCGGCGCUCGCUGCGUCGCCGUUCCACCUGCAGUCCCUGGUCUGCCUCCGGGCGUCACCCUGGGCUGUCGGCUGAGGUCGUGGAGCCAUGUCGCGGCCUAGUAGCGUCUCCCUGCGGCAGCCCGUAGGGCGCUCGGGGGGCUCUGGUACCCCCGCCGCGGCCGCCUUCGCCGGCCCUGUGGCGGGCCGCGGCCGCGGGAAGGGGCUAAAGGAUAUUUGCGUCGACGAGGAGGUGGAGAUCGCAGUGAACCUUGCCCUGGACCGGUUCCGGUACGGGGAAGAGAAAGAAAUGGAAUUUCCUUCUUCUUUUACAAGUACUGAAAGAGCAUUUGUUCACCGGCUCUGUCAGUCCCUCGGACUGAUAUCUAAAAGUAAAGGAAAAGGAGCAAAUCGAUAUCUGACUGUAAGGAAGAAGGAUGGAUCAGAACGAACACAUGCAGUAAUGACUUGUUUCUUGGCUCCCAAAACAAAACAUAGCAUUUGGAGUUUAAUUCAGAGAUUUCCAGUCACAAAUAAAGAACGAACAGAACUUCUGCCAAAAACAGAGCGAGGAAAUGCAUUUGCUGUUGAAUCUGAAAAUAGAGAAGUGAGCAAGACAAGCGGGCGACUUAACAACGGUAUCCCUCAGGUUCCAGUGAAAAGAGGGGAAUCAGAGUUUGAUUCCUUAAGGCAAUCACUACCAGUUUUUGAAAAACAGGAAGAAAUUGUCAAAAUAAUAAAGGAAAAUAAAGUUGUUUUGGUUGUAGGAGAGACUGGAUCAGGAAAAACUACUCAAAUCCCUCAGUUCAUUCUGGAUGAUUGUUACAAAAAUGGAACUCCCUGUCGUAUAUUUUGCACUCAGCCAAGACGUUUGGCAGCUAUUGCUGUGGCUGAAAGAGUGGCAGCAGAAAGAAGAGAAAAGAUUGGCCAGACAGUUGGUUAUCAGAUCCGAUUAGAAAGCAGGGUUUCUCCAAAGACGCUGUUAACAUUUUGCACGAAUGGCAUACUACUUCGCACGCUAAUGGCAGGAGACAGCACUCUAUCAACUGUGACACAUGUUAUUGUGGAUGAAGUGCAUGAGAGGGAUAGGUUCAGUGACUUCUUGUUAAUAAAACUAAGAGAUGUGUUGCAAAACCAGACUAAUUUAAGACUAAUUAUUUCUAGUGCUGCUCUAGAUGCAGAUCUCUUUAUUAGAUAUUUUGGAAGUUGCCCCGUAAUACACAUACAAGGAAGACCUUUUGAAGUUAAAGAGAUGUUUUUGGAGGAUAUUUUAAGAAGCACUGGGUAUACAAGCAAAGAGAUGGUGAAGUACAAAAAACAGAAGCAGCAAGAAGAAAAACAGCAAAGUGCUCUUACUGAGUGGUGUUCUGCUCAAGAAAAUAACAGCAAAAUGGAAUCUCAGAGACAAAGAUCUGUCCCAAGUGCAACUAAAGACUGUAAUCUGUUGGCUGAUGGUAGUGACACAGUAUUUAAUCAACUGACUGAAAAAGAUGCGAAUUGCCUUGACCCGUGGCUAAUAAAAGAAAUGGAUUCUUGUCUCUCUGACAUCUGGUUGCAUAAAGAUAUUGAUUCCUUUGCUCAGGUGUUCCAUCUCAUUUUAGCUGAAAAUGUCAGCGUUGAUUAUAGGCACAGUGAAACAAGUGCUACUCCACUGAUGAUUGCUUCAGGGAGAGGCUUUCUGAGUCAAGUGGAACAACUGAUCAGCAUGGGAGCAAGUAUCCACUGCAAAUCAUCCAAUGGCUGGAUGGCUUUGGACUGGGCUAAGCGCUUUGGACAGACAGAGGUUAUUGACCUGUUGGAGUCCUACAGUGCUUCAGUGGAAUUUGGAAAUAUGGAUGAAAGUUCCCUGGUCCAAACAAGUGGUAAUGACCUUAGUGCAGAGGACAGAGAACUGUUGAAAGCUUAUCAUCACAGUUUUGACAAUGAAAGAGUGGAUCUGGACCUGAUUAUGCACUUACUUUAUAACAUCUGUCAUAGUUGUGAUGUGGGAGCUAUUUUAAUAUUCCUUCCUGGAUAUGAUGAGAUAGUUAGCCUGAAGGACCGUAUUCUUUUUGACGACAAGAGAUUUGCUGAUAAUGCUCACAGAUACCAAGUUUUCAUGCUUCAUUCAAAUAUGCAGACUUUGGAUCAGAAGAAGGUGCUUAAAAGUCCACCUGCUGGCGUCCGCAAAAUAAUUCUUUCUACUAAUAUUGCAGAAACCAGCAUAACAGUCAAUGAUGUUGUAUACGUUAUUGACUCAGGCAAGAUGAAAGAGAAGUCUUUUGAUGCACUGAGUUCUGUUACAAUGCUAAAAAUGGUGUGGAUUUCAAAAGCCAGUGCUAUCCAGAGAAGGGGCAGGGCUGGACGCUGUAAGCCUGGAGUCUGUUUUCGUCUCUUCAGCAGGCUUCGAUUUCAGAAUAUGUUGGAAUAUCAGACUCCAGAACUUCUAAGAAUGCCACUUCAGGAGCUUUGUUUACACACAAAACUUCUGGCUCCAGUUAAUUGUCCAAUUGUUGACUUUCUUAUGAAAGCUCCUGAUCCUCCACCAGCUUUAAUUGUGAGAAACGCUGUGCAAAUGCUUAAGACAAUAGAUGCCAUGGACCCUUGGGAAGAUCUUACUGAACUUGGUUAUCAUCUCACUGAUCUACCAGUGGAGCCACACCUUGGUAAAAUGGUGUUGUGUGCUGUUGUUUUGAAGUGCCUGGAUCCUAUUCUUACUAUUGCUUGCAGUCUUGCAUAUCGAGACCCUUUUGUCCUACCUACACUGGCCUCUCAAAAGCGUGCAGCCAUGCUGUGUAGAAAACGUUUUGCUGCAGGAACAUUUAGUGACCAUAUGGCGCUUCUCAGGGCUUUCCAGGCGUGGCAGAAGGCGCGCAGUGGUGGCUGGGAGAAAGCCUUCUGUGAAAAGAACUUUCUGUCUGAAGCCACGAUGGAAAUCAUCAUAGGAAUGAGAACACAGUUGCUUGGCCAGCUUAGAGCCUCAGGUUUUGUUAGAACCAGAGGAGGAGCCGAUAUUAGAGAUGUUAAUACUAACUCUGAAAACUGGGCUGUAAUUAAAGCUGCCUUAGUGGCUGGGAUGUAUCCCAAUCUAGUGCAUGUAGACAGAGAAAGCCUGGUUUUGACUGGACCAAAGGAGAAGAAAGUGCGAUUUCAUCCUACCUCUGUUCUUAGUCAACCUCAGUAUAAAAAGAUUCCUCCAGAAAACGGGCAAGCUGCAGCCAUUCGGGCACUCCCUACAGACUGGCUUAUAUAUGAUGAAAUGACGAGAGCUCACAGGAUAGCAAAUAUCAGAUGCUGUUCAGUUGUAACACCUGUCACUGUGUCACUCUUCUGUGGACCAGCUAGAUUACCAAGUAAUGCUUUGCAGGAACUUUCAUCCUUUCGAGGGGAUAGUGUAUCUAAUGAUAACAGUGAUAGUGAGAUAGAGGACAAAACUGCUGAUUUGGCACUACUGAAGCUAGAUGAAUGGCUGCAUCUCAAACUGGACCCUGAAGCUGCUUGUUUGCUGUUCCAACUCAGACAGAAGUGGCAUAACUUAUUUCUGCGUCGUAUGCGAGCUCCUUCUAAACCGUGGUCUCAAGUUGAUGAAACAACUGUAAGAGCAAUUAUAGCUGUUUUAAGUACUGAAGAACAGUCUGCAGGUUUGCAGCAGCCUUCAGGUAUUGGUCAGAGACCAAGGCCUAUGACUUCUGAAGAACUUCCUUUAGCAUCUACGAGGGGGUCAACCAACAGUAGAAAAAGCUCAGCAGACACUGAAUUCUCUGAUGACUCCUCUAACCCUGAAAAAGUUUUAAUGAAAUCUAUGCCUCCUGCACCUCACCAGCUAAAGAAGUACAAAGAAAAAACCUCUUUGCGCUCCAAACGAACUUCAGAUGACAGAUCAGAUCAAUCAUCAGCAAAGUCUACAGAUAGCAGUAGCUAUCCUAGCCCCUCUGCUAGUCCUUCUCCAGUAUCUGUAAAGGGUUCCAAACCUCCUUCACCAAGACCAAAUAUGUCAGUUCGGUACUUUAUCAUGAAAAGUAGCAACUUGCAAAAUAUUGAUAUUUCUCAACAGAAGGGUAUAUGGUCUACUAUGCCAAAUAAUGAACAUAAACUAAAUAGAGCCUUUUGGGAGAGCAGCAUGGUUUACUUAAUAUUUUCUGUUCAAGGGUCUGGACACUUUCAGGGCUUUGCUAGAAUGGCUUCAGAGAUAGGGUGUGAGAAAAGUCAAGACUGGGGAUCUGCUGGUUUUGGAGGUGUAUUUAAGGUGGAGUGGAUCCGAAAAGAAAGCAUUGCUUUUCAGUUUGCACACCAUUUGCUCAACCCUUGGAAUGACAAUAAGAAAGUGCAAGUAAGCAGGGAUGGCCAGGAGCUGGAGCCACAAGUUGGAGAGCAGUUGCUACAGCUUUGGGACCGUACUCCUUUGGCAGGAAAAAGCUCAACUGAUUGAGCAUGUCCAGUAAUGUGGUAGAGCUGUGGUUGUUGAAAUAUCGGCUAUAACCACUAGAACCAGCAGCAUGCCUACAAUACAAAGAUGAAGAAGAAGGCGGCGCAGCAAGCUCCUGCAGUUGUUAGUCAUGCUGUGCAGCUAGCAGUGGAAAAAUAAGGGGGGAUAUGUUAGUUUCAGUAUUCCCUUGUCUUAACAAAUAUCAUAAUGUUAUUCACUAGCUUUUUUUUGACUGAAUUAUUUUUUUACAGUAGUUGCAGUUGAUAUUUGAAAACACAGUCAAGUUCCAAACUGAAACAACGGACCACAUAAUUUAGUUUUGGGUUUAAAAUAGCACAGCAGACAGUUUAAAUAUACAGUUUACACUGAAAGCUUUCUCAACACUGUAAAAUGUAUGAGUGAAACCAGUGUAAUAUUAAUUAAUCAUUCUUGCAGUUUGUGUAAAAUAAAUAAAUUGAGAAUAGAUGUCUCCAAAGAUAUUGGAAGGUUCCAUAAGUAUCCAUGUUGAACUUCUGUAUGCAUGGUGCGAGAGAGAAGGACAUAUUCAUACAAACAACUGGGCAGCUGGAGAAUGUUAAGUUUUAAUUUAAAUAGGUAAGUGAAAGGAGCAUGAGAAUUUUGAGAAUGGGUUGGUCCAGCAGCGUUUCCAGUUUCAGUUUUCACCUUUAGAAGGUACACACUUCGUCAAGCUGUAACAGUCUUUCAGAGGCCUACUGCCAAAUGGUACUUUUAAUAGCUCACUAAUUUGGUUUUAUUUCUUUCAAAAAAAAAAAGAAAAAAAGGAAAAAUUGCCAGUAUGAAUUUCAUCUUCGGUGUAGUCUUCAUGCUUGCUUUCUGUACCUCUUUCAAUUUCUUCUUCUGUGCUACUGUUGGUUUGUUUUAUUGGACUUUUCCUUAGUUGUCAGCAUACUGUACUAUGAGGCUGGUAUAAAUUCAGUCUGCUCACUGUAAGCACUAUGGUUUUGGUCAUUCUUUGAUUAAACAGAGGUUUUUCUGCUUCUGAGCCUGUACUUAGAUUUUUCAUGUCUGCUAAGAAUAUUCACACAGUUCAGAGUGCCCUGUGUAUUCCUUCUUGCAUUCUGUGUAGCGACUUCCAUGCACAAACAGUCAGUUUUGCCUUUGCAAGACUAAAUGGGUCCUUGUAAGACUGGUAUUGACUAAUAAGGUAUUUCUGGACACAGUGCAUACCACAGAGCUGUGAGGCUCAUAUUGCCUUAUGUGAUACUCCCAGGCCUGUGGCCACAAAGGAGUGGGGGGUGGUAUUGCCUCGUGCAGGGCUCCUGGGCCCCGCGCACACCGAGGGCAGAGCUGGCACAGAGCGGGAGCAGUGGUGGGGUGUAAUGUUUGGUGAACAAGCCCACACAGUGCUUCUGCAGCUUGCUGAUAAAAAGAGCGGUCCAGCCAAGGAAUUCACAUUCCCCAAGGUCAUGGUCUGGUCUGGGUCACUUGCCUGGAGAAGAGCCAGCCCUGCUGCCUGCCUGACAGCCAUGGUCAUGUAGGUCUUCACAUGCCUGAAUGUUAGGUCUCACCCAGUCUUGGUGAAUUACUUGACUUGCUUUUGUUAUGAACUAGAUAGUUGUACCAGAUAAUUGUACUGCUGAUAUAUAUAUUUUCCUGUACUGUUACUUAAACUGUUUUUUAUCCCUGAA